GUCUAAUUUACUUGGACACUGUUCAUUGAUGCCAACUUUAUCCAAUCUUUCUUUUAUUAUAAAUAAUACUAUUACCACUGACUACUCCAUUUACAGUUCAUUAUUUACAGUAGACCAUUAUAUUACACGGUUUUAUUUGGCACAUUUUGGUUAUUGCACUGUUGAAAAAUUGUGGCACAAUUUUAUACAACACUUUGUAAAAUUAACUUAACACUGUUCGAAUUGUGGGAGGUGAAAAAUUUGGAGUCUCGCCCCCAGGAUACUUUCCCAACACAGCUAGGAGCUAGCAUAAUAAUAAACACAGCUAGGAGCUAGCUGUGUUUAUUAUGUUUGUGGAUUGAGUUUAGAUAUUUUAAUUGCCAUAUCUUGUAUCUGCCAAGCAAUCAUGGCAUGCAGUAGGCAUACAAGUGUUGCUGAAAGUAACAAGAAAAGGUUUAAGUGUUUAAAUCUAGGAGUUACAAAGAAAACAGAGAUAUUAGACAGGCUUAAGAGUGGCUCAUGUGUGGUGGAUAUAGUGAGGGCCUAUGGCCUUAAUGAAGCAUCAGUUCAUACAAUUAAAAAGAGUGAAAUAAAUAUACAAGGUUGUGUAAUGAAUAACCCAGGAUAUCAUCUCAUGAAAAGAAUAUGUAGAUCACAACAAGUAUAAAUAAAGCUGAAAACUUGUUGCUUGAAUGGAUCGAACAAAAAACAAAGGUGCACCACGUAAUUUCAUCUUAAUUAGGGAAAAGGCCUUACAGUUGUUUAAAGCAGCAUGAGAUAAGGAGGACCUGAAAAAGAGUGUAUGUUUAGCGCAGGCUGGUUGCAUAAUAAGUUGCAUAAUAUUAAGUUUUCUGGUGAAAGUGCUUCAGCUGAUCAUACAACAGCAAGUAAUUUCCCUUCUGAAUUGCAGGAAAUUAUUUCUGAGGGUGACUAUGAGCCACAUCAAAUGUUUAAUGCUAAUGAAUCAAGUGAAUCAAGUGUUUUUUCGAAGAAAAUACCAACAAGAACUUAUAUCUGUCAGCAAGAGAAAAGUGCACUGGGCUUCAAGACAGCAAAGGAUUGCUUCACCUUGCUCCUUUGCUGUAAUGCAUCAGGUGAUUUCAAGUGUAAGCCCAUGGUUAUGUACCUUUCUAAGAAUCCUCGUGCUUUGAAAAGUGUAAAUAAAAACACCUUACCAGUAAUUUGGAGGUCAAGCCAGUCACUGGUUUUCCCUUGCUUGAGAGUCAGGUUCAGGGAAUUGUUCAGCUGGCAAAGAGAUUACCAGGUUAUAGUUUUGAAGAUAUGAAUGAAGAUGUGAAUGAGCUCUUAGAAGACGAUGAUGAUGUCGUCGAUGACGACGACGACUGGAGUCCAGAGGAAAUAUUGGCAGAGCUCAGUGCACAGAUACAUGGGAGCCACAUAACAGAAGAUGAAGAAGAACCUGAAGAAAAACAGUUAACAUUACAGCAGUUACGUGAGCAGUUCUGUGUUGCUGCAGAACUAGCAGACUUUUUCACUGAAGAGGACCCUGACAAAUCUAGAAGCAGUGCUUUGAAACAGGGUCUAAACCAGCUGAUGAUGUCUUACCAUCAGCUGUAUAAUGUACUGCAGGGUAAAAGAGCCCAGAGAUCCAUUACAGAAUUUAUGCACACUCAGGGCAACAUGGGUUUACAGCAGGUCACUCCUGUCUGUCCCAACUACUGGAUCACUACAACAAGGUCCUAGAUGCACUAGAAGACAAAAAGAAAGCAGAUGUAAUAUACACAGACUUUGCGAAAGCCUUCGACAAGUGUGACCAUGGCGUAAUAGCACACAAAGUGCGUGCUAAAGGAAUAACAGGAAAAAUUGGUAGAUGGAUCUAUAAUUUCCUCACAAACAGAACACAAAUAGUAGUAGUCAACAGAGUAAAGUCUGACGCGGCUAUGGUGAAAAGCUCUGUUCCGCAAGGCACAGUACUAGCUCUCAUCUUGUUUCUCAUCCUCAUAUCUGACAUAGACAAGGAUGUCAGCCACAGCACCAUGUCUUCCUUUGCAGAUGACACCCGAAUCUGCAUGACAGUGUCUUCCGUUGCAGACACUGCAAGGUUCCAGGCGGACAUCAAUCAAAUCUUUCAGUGGGUUGCAGAAAACAAUAUGAAGUUCAAUGAUGAGAAAUUUCAAUUACUCCGAUAUGGUAAACAUGAGGAAAUUAAAACUUCAUCAGAGUAGAAAACAAAUUCCAGCCACAAAAUAGAGCAAAAAACUAACGUCAAAGACCUGGGAGUGAUCAUGUCGGAGGAUCUCUCCUUCAAGGACCAUAACAUUGUAUCAAUCGCAUCUGCUAGAAAAAUGACAGGAUGGGUUAAUGAGAACCUUCAAAACUAGGGAUGCCAAGCCCAUGAUGACACUCUUCAGGUCGCUUGUUCUAUCUAGGCUGGAAUAUUGCUGCACACUAACAGCACCUUUCAAGGCAGGUGAAAUUGCUGACCUAGAAAAUGUAAAGAGAACCUUCACGGCACACAUAACGGAGAUAAAACACCUCAAUUACUGGGAGCGCUUGAAGUUCCUGAACCUGUACUCCCUGGAAUGCAGGUGAGGGAGAGAUACAUGAUUAUAUACAGCUGGAAAAUCCUAGAGGGACUAGUACCGAACUUGCACAUGAAAAUCACUCGCUACAAAAGCAAAAGACUUGGCAGAUGAUGCAACAUCCCCCCAGUGUAAAGCAGGGGUGUCACUAGCACGUUAAGAGACAACACAGUAAGUGUAAGGGGCCCAAGACUGUUCAACUACCUCCCAGCAUAUGUAAGGGGGAUUACCAGUAGACCCCUGGCUGUCUUCAAGCAGCCACUGGACAAGCACCUAAAGUAAGUACCUGACCAGCAGGGCUGUGGCUCGUACAUUGGAUUGCAUGCAGCCAGCAGUAACAGCCUGGUUGAUCAGGCUCUGAUCCACCAUGAGGCCUGGUCACAGACUGGGCUGCGGGGGUGUUGACCCCCAGAACUCUCUCCAGGUAAACUCCAAUACAACCAUCGACUUUAGCACCAGAACCUCUACCAUCCACUUCUGCCAACAACCAUCCAAGUCAGCCCAGUAGGGGCAAACCAUGCAUCUCCACUGUCUUCACAAUUAUCCACAAACACCAGUACCCACAAUUUAAGCACUGCUGACCUGGUGGCUCUGACUAUGCUCAGGGGAUUGGUAGUUCAGUGACUGGCACCACUCGACUUGCAAGCUGCAGGUCUGUUAACUUGGCUGGUUCUUAUGGUGGUAUGGCAAUGGAUGAGCGAGCUGUGGACAUUAUCAAGAUACAAAGUAAAAGUGUGGAGGGCAUGGAAGAUAGAAAAUUCUCUGAAUUUGAUGGGACAGAAUCCCACAUAUUUGCUGAUUUUGGUAAAAUGGAAAACGAGUAUUGUAAUGAUCUUAUUAAAAGUGGAGAUAGCACUAAAUCAGAGCAAUGUGAUUCAUUAAAGAGAAUUGAUUUUGAGAAAGUUUCAAAGAUAAUCUCUGACAAAAAUCUGGUUGCAAAUUAUAUAGAAAGAGAUUUAAGAGAUGACAAAAGUAUGACAAACAGCUAUUUGGAUGUGUCAAACAAACUGGAUUAUAGAGGAAUUUUAACGGAAAAAAUUAGCUGCUAUAGAGAAUUUGAGCAAAGUGAACAUUGUGAAUUUGGCAACUUCGACCCAGAUAUGAGCAAGGUCUGUAAGGAUGUUGACACAGAGUCUACCAGAAGCUGUAGUGCAGGAGACAAUGCUAUCUGCGAUGAUGAAUUGGACUCUGAUGGUCACCCAACAGGUGAACGAUGGCCUCCCCUUGGUGCUCCCAAUGAUGAUGAAGACAACCAAUCAUUGUACUCAUAUUCAGAGCUUAGUUGGCAGAGAGGGCAUUAUGGAAGAGGGUACGGGGGCAGUGGGGAGGAGGAGCGACUUCAGCAAUUGGAAGAAGAGCAGGAGCAGCUCAACAACUCUCUGAUGGCUCUUACCUCACAUUUUGCACAGGUUCAAUUUCGGUUAAAGCAAAUUGUAGAUGCUUCACCGGAGGAAAAGGAGAUUCUGCUUCUCCAGCUUGAAGAGUUUGCCAACAGAGGCAUUCCUGACUUGAGAGAUGUGUCCGUGCGCAGAAAGUCGGCAGUCAGUGAACAUAGUGAGGGAGUAGUGGACAGCAUUGGCAUUACACGUCAGAAAGAGCUGAUAGAGCAGCUAAAGCAGCAGCUGGAGGAUCUAGAAAACUAUGUGUACCAAACAGGAGAAGGUGGACCUCCACAAGCUAAAGUUAUGGAAAAACAGCGUGUCAUUAUAGAACAACUGAAAGGAAAACUCAACUUGAACGUUGAUGAGCUUGACAAGUUGACUGUGGAUGACCUUAGAGUCAAAGUGGAUCAUGCCAUCAGAGAGCUGGUGAAUCCUCUCAAGAUGAAGGAGCAGUUGGUAGCUCAGCUCCAGACCCAGAUUAUAGACCUGGAGAGGUUCAUAGAGUUCCUUCAAGGUGAAGGAACAGUUAGCAAGGUAAAAGGACCCAAGGCACCAUGCCACUGCAAAGGCAAAGAACCCAGACCACCUGGGGAUGGCAGACCUCAAGAGCCAGGCAGCAAGUGGGGCAAGGCAGGAGUUCAAAGAAAGAAGAGCGAAAGACCAACAGCAGAUCAAGAGCAGCUAAGAAAGGAGACUGAAAAUAUCAUAAAACGAGCAGCAACACUCAUGAGUAUGCUGUCAUUUGGAUGUGGAGCUGGCAGGAACAGAUUUCGGAAGAAUACACUGAAGAAAACACCCCGAGGAAACCAUUAUGGAGACUUGCGAGCCUCUCUAGAGGUUGCAAUCAAUAGUAUACUAGAAUUAGUAGGACCAGAAACUCCUGCUGACAGUGACUACACUAGUGACUCCGAAGAGAUGCCCAUUAUGGCUGGUAAUGAAGAGCUAACAGUAGCUGUCCGCAAGCACCUCUCUCCUGUACUUAGAGAUCUUAUACAACAUGGACUGAUGCCUGUUGGACAGAGCCAGAGUUUGGUACCAUUUCUCUCAUGUUUCCCUCAGCAGUCACAGAAACCCACAAAGCUCAUGCAUGCAUGGGACCUCAUCCUUAAAUAUUAUCACCUCAAGAAGGGAGACCAGUACAAUCGAACACCAGCUAGAAGACUUAGUCAGAGUUUCAACUUGGAGAUUACUGGAGGAUCAGCUAUGACUAACAAACAAACUCUAUUAGGAGUUAUUGGAAGUAUAAUUUCCUCACAUACACCUCUUAAGAGAAGCUAUGAUUCCCAUUUUAAGGCCUUUGUAUGUGCUGCUCUUAAUCAGAAGAAGUUGAUAAUCUGGCUGCGCCUCAUCUUCCGGACUCAAGCGUUAACAGAAAACUAUUACCAAUCUUGGAGCUAUGUCAGCAAAACAGGUUUUGAAGAUGCCUUUCGUUCAUUGGAGAGGUUAAAUAAAUACAAUUACAGCCUACCAAUGGACCUAGCAGUUCGGCCAUUUCAAAACAUCAAAGAUGCAUUCUGAAUAGACAAUAAGUCAUCAGAACAAAGAAAGAAAAGAAAUUGCAAGGCUGCAUUUUAAAGAAUUAAUUAAAACUGUCUUCCUCUGGUAAAGAUUUAAACAUUGUAUACUUUGCACAUCUUUGGAUUGUGCUUUAUAAAACAUGUAAGAAAUUAGUUUUUAGCAGAGUUUACCCUUUGAUAACCAUUAGUAAUCGGUAAAUUUUUUUUAUUUUCCUCAGCUUUGGCUAGAGCACAAGAUUAAAAAAAUAAUUCUAGUAAUCGUUAUUCCUCCUAUCUGUUCUCAGAAAUAUUGUUUAUGUCAAGGUGUCUUUUGGAAUAUUUUUAAUACUCCCCUUGCUACCACGUCUUACAAAUGCCCUUUUACCCAGCUAAUAUCUGAAAAAAAAUUUCAAAAAAGCUUAUUUUUGGUAUACCAUUUUCCCAUCAGAAUAGAUGCCUUUUAUUAUUAAGAUAGCACCCAUGAUGUGGUGUCCUACUAAAAGAUCUUUAGAAAGUGAUAAAAUGCAUAGCAAGUAAAAUCUUGAAUAUGUUAGCUGCCAAACAUGUUUUAGUGUGUGUUGAUAUGCCAUCAACUGCAUGAUGAAUGUUGACUUUAAGCCCUUGCAGUGUCGGAGGAUGAUUGGAAUACAGUAGUAUUAAAAAUGUCCAUAAGAAAAAAUCAGGUAGAAUAAGAUUUAGAGAUUUUGGUGGCCUUAAAUGAGUUUUCCAUGAAACAUGCUCCAAGUAAUACAUGGGUUGUCACUUUCUGAAUACCAAAAAUUGUCUACAAUGGAUCACUAAUAGAAAAAGUGGUUACCAUAAUUUGAGACCUUCACAUGGCAGUCUAGUUUUUUUUGCAUUACUGUAUUGCAGGGACAGAUAAGUAUCAUCAGUUGUGAAGCCAGCGAAUUACUCUAUGCACCUGAGUUUUUCUUUCAAAAAUAAAACCAUGAUAAUGUGAUAUACUAGGAGCCUUUAUAAGUUUACUCAUGGUAUAACAGUUCAAAUACUAGAGUUGGGGAAAGGGGAACAUAUAUUUCCUUUUCUCAACUAUAAUGCCCAAUAUGUGUAAUAAUUAGUUGUCAGGUAUUCUGCGGUGGAAAAUCGUUAGGGGCUCCAGCAUCAUUACAGGUAUAUUUGCUACUAUUUAGAUAUUUUUAAUUCACAUUUGGAGCAUGUCUCAUCCAGAAUACCAAAGUAAAUAUUAAAUUGUUUGUUGCAGCCAGUAAAGUUAAAGUAUUUAGCUGGAUAAAGUGUUAAUACAAGUGAUAAAACUUUAAAAAAGAAAUAGUGUACUAUUUAUUUUAUACUUAAUGACACCCAAUUCUAAGGUUUUGUACAAACUUAAUGAGUUCACAAAGUAUAAUUAUUACCUUAGUGGAUGUGUUCAGUAUUUUUAAGGAAAGCGAAAGUAUUUUAGUCUAAAACAUCAAUGCCUGUAAUACAAACAGUCAUCAGUUUGUCAAAGAUUCCUCCAAUUUGGAAAUUACUUUGUACUGUAUGUACAUUUAUUGCAGUAAUUAAUAUUCAUAUACCUGGAUAUAUGCAUUCUUAUUUUCAUUGAUUCAUUCAUGAAUACUGAAAAUAGUGAAAGUGGAUGAGAUUAACGAUUAAAGAUUAACGAAUGAUGGUUUUGAGUAUAGGGAGAAAACUUUCAGCUAAAAAACAUUUUAAAAUGUAUAUUCAGCCAUUAUGCACUGUGUAUUCCAGUAGUCGUUUUCCAAAUGCCAAGACAACUGCAUACAUUUGAUGUAUGCAAAGUUAAUUGUGAAUGCUUACAAAAUAUAUAAGGUUAGUGUCCACUAAUAAAGCAGUUGUGUGCUGAUCUUCAUUAUAUGUAAUUAUUAUAUGUGCAGCUGUGAAUAUAUAAAUGGUCUUUGUUAAAACAAUUACUCAAACCAAAUAUUUUGGAGAAAAAAAAAAUUAAUACUCGGAGAAGGAAUGCUGUAUUAAGUUUUUAUAUUAAUGUCUACUGCCUUUAGAAUAUUUAAACAGAUUUUGAUGAUAGUGGCAUCACAAUAAUUGAAGAAAGAAAACUAAGAAGCAUGUGCAUCAAAUGCAUCCUGGAGGAUUCGAGAGAUUCUGUUAGCUCCCCACCAUUUUCAUAGAAUCUAUUAGAAUUAUACUUGGCAAAUUGUUUGUUUAUUUAACUUACUAGUAAACAGUUUAAAACAUUGUUAACUACUUCUAAGAUUUUAAGAGCUUUUGUUAUUUUCAAGUAUUUACAGGUUGUGGUGGGCAAGUUAGCACUUUGACUGUCUCCACAUAGAUUUACAUUGAUGGUAGUGUUGCUCAUGCAGAUCUACAUUUAAAGCACAGCUUCCUCAGAUAUGCUGUAAGUGGUAAAUUUUGGCCUAGACAUGGGAAAAUGCAACAGCACAGUAUAUAUCCAACAUGCAAUGCAUGAUGGGGAAAUGCAAACAUCUAACCCUGUGUUUGUUUUAAAAUAGCUAGGGUGGUUUUCAUGGUGUUAUUGGCUGUUUCGUAGUAUUGAUAGAAUGGAAAACAUACUAGUGAAAUAGACAUGAGUUUGACUGAUUUCAGACAGGAAGUAACUUGAAAUAAGACUGUGGCAGAAAUAUUUGGUUUUUGGCAAUUUUCCUGAGGAGCCCUCCUAGCAUGCCACAUAUCCCAGUCUGUUUUGUGGGUCUUUACUAGGUUUUUAAUUAUUGGGAUGGCUUAAGCCGUGACCAGGUUUAGUGCUUUUUUAUUAUUAUAAUUAAACCUUGACCAAUCAUUCUUGGUUAUAUUUUAUUAAUCAGAGGAGCAGUGCUGUAUGACCCCCAUGGGUUUAGCACUUGCUUUUGAUGAUAAUUGAAGGAAUAAGGUAAAACUUUGAUAAUUUUUUUUUAUGUAUUCAAAUGGAGGGCAUGCUAUAUACGAGAGGCCUGGGGGAUGUGAUUGACCAGAGGAAAGGUUGCUUUAAUGGCUUGAAUGCCUACAGUGUUUUUGUUAAUUUUAUGUAAAGCUUGCCAGAUUGAGUUCUGUGCACACUGUCAGGUAGUUCUGAUAGUUGAAUGGGCAUCUUCUUGUUUAGUUAAUAGAACGGAAGUGUGCUAGUGAAAUAGCUAGGAAUUGGCUUAAAAUAGAACUUGGCAGGUGAAAUCACCAAUGUGUAAAUUGUGCCCAGACCACCAACUUUGCACUUGUGUAAUUCCAUAAAUUUUCUAUCAAAUUUUGCAUUUUUGGUGUCGCUACCUUCAGAAAAAGUAUUCUCUACCCCUUUUCAGAAGAUAAAUUUUUCUUUAAUUGCAACACUGUUAGCACUUAAUUUUGGGGAUAGCGAGAGUAAAAGGAUUAAUGUAAGUUAUGGUUAAACAUAAAUACCACUGAAUAUAUACUACUAGGUUUUAGAUUUUAAUGUUUUAUUAAUAUGAAGAAAUUGAUAUUUUGACACAUUUUUUUUCAGAAUGGUGUAAUUGAUAGUGCUGUAGUGUGUGUCAUUGGUAUUCUAGUCAAAGAAUCCUACCUGGAAUCAGGUAGGAUUAUGAUAACUGAAGUAAAACCUGGUAAUAUUUUUUAAGUUUUCCCACCAAGGAUGGGUGACCCAAUGAAGGAAAAGCAUUCCCCAUCACUGUCCCUAGCUGUCUUUCCAGGAGUGCAUGGACAUCAUAAAUCCAAUGAUUCAUAUUAUUAUUAUUAUUAUUAUAAUCAAAAAAGAAGCGCUAAGCCACAAGGGCUAUACAGCCAAUGAUUCAUAGAAAUGCUAAUUCCCCACACAUUUUUCAAAUUGCAGGGAUUGAACAUUCCACAUCUAGUUCUAAAUCCAGGUAACUAGUUAUCUGAACCUCCUUCAGCAGCGCUGUAUAGCCCUUGUGGCUUAGCGCUUCUUUUUGAUUAUAAUAAUAAUGAACCUCCUUCAUUGAUGUUGCCUACAACACUUCAACAGCAUGUUAGUUAUAUGGCUGAAACCUUACAUGAUAUCCAAAUGAUUAAGAACAAAUAUGAUUGAUUGCAGAACAUAUAAUAGCAUCAAAUGUGUAGUCUGUUGUAAUGUAUUCAAUACACCUUGUGUUGAGUAAGAUGCCUAAAAGCAUUGGUUAUACAGAGGAAUGAAUCUGGAAGGUUUCAGCAUUACACCAAUACAAACAUAAGCAAUAUAGUAUUAUAAUCUUGGGGUGAGGAUAAAAUUCCACAUACAGUAUUACCAGGUUUUUCACUAGUAUUAUGUAGCAAGAUUAAAAUUGUAUGUGAACUGUGGUACAACAUACUACCUGUUAAGUUUUAUUCUAUUCUUGAAGGCCAGCAUGAGGCCAGACUUCUUUAUUAUGUAAUUAUUUUUAAUAUGGUUUAAUUCAUAUUUAUAAUUUUUAUGAUAACCUUGUCACCUGUAAGCAUGUGUGACACAAAUAAGGUUUUAGUAUGAUGGAUAUUGCAGUUCAAUUUUUUUUCAUAAAUGGUAUUAGGAGUUAGUUGCAUCUUUUUAUUGCAAAGAAAUGUAGUUAGUUACCUGUGCUAACUGUAAAUACAGGAUAAUUCCAUCCAAGUUUCCAUCAGAUAUACAGAUCAUACAUGAAGCCUCUGUUGUGUUCAUGCCUAGUCUUUCACAAACUUCAGAAGAAAAAAAAAAAAAAAUAGUACAGUACCAGAAUCAUGCCUCGGCAGCUGUUAAACAUCAAUAUUAAGUGGGUAGUAAAGGUUGGCAAUUUGCUCAUUUCCCCCCACAUGUUUGGCAUUAAAUUAUUGUUAUUUAUUAAUAAAAGUUACCAACCUCUGGUUCAGUCA